GCCGCCGUCGCGAGUGCGCGUUUCGCUCUCUCUCCCCCUCUCGUGCCCACUGCCCGGACCCGGCGCGAGUGUGCGCGCGCCGACCCCGCGAAGCCGCGGCGCCUGAAGAAUCCGGAGGCGGGGGGCAGACAGAUAUUUAUUCAUCCACGAAAUAUGGACAUUGUUGAUAUGGCCAGCAUUUAUCAUCCAUCCCAUAUUGCCUGUGAUGCUGUUUCAGAGGUCAAUUAAGUGUGAACCAUAUCAGUGGGUUUGGAGUCACAUGUAGAUCAAACCAGGUUUGGAAACAUGGCUCCAAAUUCUGAUGUCCUUCGGUUUAAGUUUACAAGCUAUGGAGAUUCCAUGUUGCAAAAAAUGAAUUUAUUGAGGCAACAAAAACGAUUCUGCGAUGUUACAAUUCGAAUCAACAAUGUGGCAUUUUUGGGGCAUAAAAUAGUUUUUGCUGCAUGCUCUCCCUUUUUGAGGGACCAGUUCUUGCUGAACGAUUCAAAGGAUGUCAGAAUUUCGCUUCUCCAGAGUUCUGAGGUUGGAGAGCAGAUACUUUUAUCCUGUUACACUGGUAUCCUAGAGUUCCCUGUAAAGGAAUUGGUAAACUACUUAACUGCUGCAAGCUACCUUCAAAUGGGCCACAUUGUAGAGAAAUGCACACAAGCUCUUUCUAAGUACAUUGAGCCAAAGUUGUUGUCUGAAGACCAAGGGCACCAGGUUGGAGAAAGCAGCACUUCCACAGCAUUUCCUGAGAGCUCAGAACGGUCACAGGAAAGUCCACUCUCCGAUUCCGGGAAGAACAAACUGGAAGAUCUCACGCAAACUAGAGAUGUCUCCGACUGUGAAACAGACUCUGAAGACAGCAACAUCCGCAUUGUCAAAGUGGAAUCUCUCACCAGUGAUAUUCAGGACAGUGAAAAUGGUGACAGUCUGAGCCAUCUCUCCAAUAAUUUCAGCAACAGUGUCGAAAGGGCUGUUGCAAAUUCUCCUGAUUCGCAGCACUCUCUCGUUAAUUCGUCCGUGGAUUCUCGAAGCAACAAGGUGUUAGAUAGCUGUUUACAAAACUUUGUGGCUGAUCCCCCCAGACUGUCAGAAAUGGUCAAUGGCACCAGUUAUAUGCUGGCAGCCAAUGAGUUUGAGCUACAAGGUUUGAGUAGUUUUCCAAACGAGGAAAUGGCAGCCGCGGGUGGGUUUUUGUUCAGGCGCAACAGGGGCACAAAACUGUUUGCUAACAAAACCAUGUACACCAAUCAUUUUAAGAUGCAGGACAAAUGGCUUCAGAAGCCCCACCACUGCAGUAAGUGUGGUAAGAUUUUUCAACAUCUCGAAAACUUCAUCAGCCAUCUGAAAACUCACAAACUUUUCCUGUGCCUGCGCUGCGGCAAGAUUUUCACACAGAAAAGUAACCUGACGCGGCACAUCCGGGUGCACACAGGAAUCAAGCCCUAUCAGUGCACAAUCUGUGGGAAGACAUUCACACAGAAGUGCUCUCUGCAGGACCACCUGAAUCUCCACAGCGGUGACAGACCGCACAAGUGCAACUACUGUGAUGUGGGCUUUGCACAUAAGCCAGCUCUCAGGCGACACCUCAAAGAACAGCAUGGCAAGAAAUGUGUAGAUAAUGUCACUGAAGGAAGCAUACAAGAAAUUACUCUAGAAGUAGAUACUAUUGAAUGACUGUGGUAAUUCUUCUAAGGUCAACAAAACCUCUGGGCAAGCAGUAAAUUUAACACCUAAGGGAAGCUGGUAAAAGUUUUCCACCAAAUGGGUUAGUAAAUAUGCAGAACACUGCACAUGGAAGAAAUGUUACGUAGAUUUCCAUUAGAUGAAAUAGAGCCCGCUCUAACAGUUCUAUUAGGUGUCUGGAAUUGGUGUAAUUUGAAAGGUGCAUUUAGAUGAACUGAAUGCAUUCUAAUGGGCCACAUAGUUUCUAUGAAUGAAUUGGUGACAUAGUCUUGCAUUUGUCUGGUUUUCUUUCCUCUAGGGCUAUGUAAUAAGGCAAAAAAAAACCUUUUUAUGUGUAGGUAAUGGAAAGCAUUUGAUUUUCCAGGGUGAAUACAUCAGUUACAAAACCUUGCCUUAUUGACCGUCGAACAUAGGAACAGGAGGAAGCCAUUCAAACCUCCCAGCCUUUUCCACAAUUGACUAAUCUCUGCUUAAGCCUCACCACUGGGCUCUGUUCCACAUUUCCUAAUCAGCCAAAAUCUGUUGACUUCCAUCUUGAAAAUUUCAAUUGAUGCAGCAUUCACUGCCUUUUCAGGGGAAGAAAGUUCUAGAUUUUUCACUAUCUUUUAUCCUGAUUACUCUCCUAAAUGUCUUGUCCCUAAAUGUUAUCUACUUUGUACUGGAGGAAAUAGUUCUGUAUCUGCCUUGUUUAAUCCCUGGUUAUUCUAGGCAUCUUGCAUUUUUUUUUAGGUAAACCUUGUCUUUUUCUAAUAACUUUUUACAAAAUCUUAGCAUCCAUUUGAAACAUUUAACACACUUUCUUCAUUUGUCUUCCUUUGUCUCCAGGGUAGUACCAGUAAUGUAUGCUAGAUGGGGAAACUAGUGUUAUUUGUUGAUACACAAGAGAAUGCUUCCAUCUUGUAGCAGAUGGGCAGUUAAGUUUCCCCAAGAGUACUGAUUCUGUACUUUGUAUUACUUAAGCCCAUCACCCCUACUGGGGCAUAGGCUGCCAACAACAGCUCGCGAGAGUUCUCUGUUCAGGGGUGUCUUUCAAGUUGCUCUACAUGUAGCCCAUUUUCUUGUCUUCUAGGCCAAGAUCCUUGCUCUCCCGGGGAGAGGUCUUUGGAGUUUCUAUUGGCAUUUCUGUAGCACUGGAUUUUUAUGGGUUGGGUUUGUUAGCGCUCCCCCCCCCCCCCAUUGCAGCUAGGCGUAGGACUGUCCAUGGCAGAUUAGUACUUUGUAUACUUGCACCAAAUAGUUAAAUCUGGAAUACUUCUCUGAAAUGAUCGUGGGUACGUCUCUCUCAUUGAAAUUGCACAGCUUUAGCUAAAUCAGAGUUGUUGCUGUGGGAGCUGCUGAACAUGAUGUGCAUUAUUCUGGUUUUCUGCUUUUAAGGUCAGGUAAUUGCAAGCUACAGUACUUGUGUUAUGCUGUGAGGAUUCUCUGUCUCUCUCUAAAAAAGAAUUGACUGGAUGAUACUUAGUGAGCAGCUAUAUUUAUUGAAUAACACUACAGUUGUGAAUUUGGUCUUGGUGCAUAUAUCACUGAUAUACAGAGCAAAUCUAUAAACCAGUGAUGGGAGUGCAAACAUCUUUCUUUGCAAAGAGGGAAGAUCCACCUCUAUAGCUAUUUUGUUUUGUUGAAUUUACAGCAUUUCUGAUGUUGCAAUCCAUUUCAUUGUUUUGCUAACAUGGUGAAAAUGCCUUCUGAAGAAACAUUUAACUCUUAAAUCGAGGAAGGAAUGUUUCAUUUUAAUGAUCCAGAAUGCUUUUUAGCUACUGAAAUAGGGAAGUAGUUUUAAAGUCUAGGUCACUGUAACAGAGCAAGAAAUGUAGCAGCCACGGCAGCAUAAGGGUAAACGUUUUUAAGUGUUGUCUGAGGGGUAAAAUUAACCAAAAAUCCAGAGGAGAACUGAAACCCUUCCCUCCUUCCAUCAUCUCUUUUUUUUUUCUCCCCCCACCCAAAUACUUCUAGUAGUAGCUUGGGAUGUUUUUUGCAUUUCCCUGAUAAGAGAUUAAACAGGAUUUUUGUUUAAUAUCUCAUCCAGAUUCUCCAACAGCAAUUGUACAGUGUGCACAUCUCAGGACUGAGAUUUAAUUCUAAGGGCUUCCAACUCAAGUCAAAUGCAGUGUUGGAUCCCAACGCUUUUAAUCAAAGGUUCUUGCAGAUGUUGGGAAAGAGGCACAAAACUUGUUGUUUCAUGAUUGUUUUAUUAAGUGUUAAUAGAACAAAAAAUGUUAAACAGACAGUAACAGAAGCAGAGGAGUGAAGAUGGGGAGAAGCAAAAAGAAAGAAAGGUGCUGUCGCUCCAUGGUCAGCCCUUUUUAUACUCCAUAGAUAAGAAACAUUCCAUUCAAAUUUACAGAAAAGUCAGCUAAUCGAUAGUCCGUAUUCAAAUAAUGCAGCACGAGAGAAGCUUCCAGAACUUUCCAGAAUCAUACAAAUAUAACCACGGGGGCGGCGGGGGUGAGGGGCAACACUGAACAAAUGCAUAUACAUACUGUGGCUACUGGGAAAUGUAAUAAACAGUUACAAUGUAUAUAAGUAAUCAAAAAAAUACUAGUGGGCAUUUAAUUGUUAACCUGCAAAGAAAAUAACAAUUAAACAGUCUAAUCUAAGAAUUAACCAGUCUGAUGGAAAAACUGUCAGCAAGCCACGCCCACAUAUCUUUAAGAUUGUUCGGAUUCAUUUCCCAGUACUUAAUAGAUACAGAUAUUCAAGUAUCCAACUCAGCUCUAGGGCUGGUAAAUCACACCCCUUGAUUUGACAGUUGAUGCAUUCAGUUCCCUAUAAUUACACAGCCCUGAUUCCUUGAAAAUAAUUUUUUUUUUAAAAAAACAAAUCCAAUCUCUGGUGCAGUUGAAUGUUUAAGCAAUCUGUCAGAAUACACUGGACCUAAUAUUUCCACUGACAAUGUUGGUGACAUUCAUUUAGAAAUAUGGAUUUUUCAAGUGCAAAUAUAAUUUUCUGCAAAACAGCUUUUGGGAGUUUCUGAUUACACCCAUUUAAUAAUGUUCUUAAAGACACACAAAAUGGGUACCACGGUAGCAUAGUGGUUAGCGCGACACUAUUACGGCUCGGGGCGGAGUUCAAUUUGGAUCUCAUCUAUAAGGAGUCUGUAUGACCUUCCUGUGGAAUGCGUGGGUUUUCUUGGGUGCUCUGGUUUCCUCCCAUAGUCCAAAGAUGUACUGGUUUGUGGAAUAAUUGGUCAUUGUAAGUUGUCUCAUUGGUUUGGCUAGGGUUAAAUUUGGGGGGGGUGGCGGGCGUUGCUGGUGAGCAUGGCUCGAAGAGCCAGAAGGGCCUAUUCUGUGGCUGUAUCUCAAUAAACAAAUAAAUAGAAUGAAUAAAGCUAUUUACAUAUUUUUCUGCACAAGGACACUAAUAGUCAUAUUUUUAAAACUUUUAAACUAAACUAACUACUAAACACCAAUACAAGUAGCAAAUAGUUCAGAUUUUAAAAUUGGACAGAUGCUUUAAUUUAGUGAUAAACCCAUUUUCCAAUGUAAUAAAGUUCAUUGGGGAAAAAAAAUUUAAAGCAAAGUAUUUUUGAAGCUGCAUUCUAAGCACACUAGCCAGAUUUUUUUCCAUGACAGAUAUUGCAUUAAUCAAUGUGUUGUUGAUUGAGCCAAAAAAAACUAAAACUGGCAGAAUUUUGGGUUCCAUUUACCCUGUGACUUAUGGUUUUAACCUAUGGAGCUGGUAAAUAAUUCUUUUGAUUUAUGGAAUUAUUACCUGCUAUAAUUCUGCCAUCUUAUCCUGUAAUUGUGUUUGUCCUGGGAGUAGAUUUUAAUGCAGUAAGGUACCCUCCCACCAUCAUCACCAUUGGCCCCUCAAUGUUUGAGGCUGACAUGGUUAUCAGAGGAAGUUUAUAUUUUUUUGCUAUAUUUCUCAAGCACUCUGUCACACGAAGCUCUCCAGUCAAAUCUAACGAUCCAAAGUUAUCUUUUCUUAUAAGGGCUUUAUUAGCCACCAAAGCUAUCUUCCAAAUGCCAGCCUCCCAAAAGAAGCUGAUAGUGCUCCAGAUAAGUUGCUGAUGAAGUUCGAAGUAGAUUUGUUGUUAAAGUACUUGUGUCACUAUAAACAACCCUGAGAUUCAUUUUCUUGUAGGAAUUCACAGUAAAUACAAAAACAUAAAAACAAGCAUAAUAAUAACUAAGUGAUAAAUAUUGAGAACAAGAUGAAAAGUCCUUGAAAAUGAGCCCACAGGUUGUAGGACCAGUUCAGUCUUUGUAUCUUCCUCGCCUCCUUCCUGAUGGCAGCAGUGAGAAGAGAGCAUGGCUGUGAUGGUGGGGUUUUGAUAGAAUUCCACGAAGAUACUUUGUGCUCAAAAGGCCAGGAUGUACAGGAAAAUGAUUUGGUGAGGCUAUUUUUUAAAAAAAGAACUUGGAAAAUAAAAUUAAUCUGAAUCAGGUUUAUUAUCACUGACGUGUCAUGAAAUUUGUUGCAGCAGUACAGUGCAAUACAUAAACUAUACUAUAAAUUAUAAUAAACAUAAAAAAUUUAAAUAGUGCAAGAAGAAAGCAACAAAUAGUGAGGUAGUGUUUAUGGGUUCAUUGUCCAUUCAGUAAUCUGAUGGCAGAGGGGCAGAGGCUCAUCAUAAAAUGUCGGGUGUGCAUGUUCAAGCUCUUGUACCUCUUGCUGAUAGUAGCAAUGAGAAUAAGGCAUGUCCUAGAUGGUGAGGGUCUUUAAUGAUGGAUAUGCCUUCUGAGGCAUGCCUUUUGAAGAUGCCCUUGAUGGUGUGAGGGUAGGGGGUCUAUCAACAAUGACUAGUGUUGAUAGCCUCCCCACCAUUGUGAUUAUUAACCACAAAGAAGAAUGUGGUCAAUAAUUGUGUGAUAGGGGAAACACUUAAAACUGUUCAACAGCCAAGAGGAGCAAAGAAGUGUUUAACAGAAUCAAGUUGAACACCAAUGUAAUUCUGUAGAUGAAUUAAGAUGUAAUUAAUUAGAAAAUGGACAAAUUCACAGUAGCAUGGUGGUUAGCAAGACACUGUUACAGCUCAGGAUGUCAGAGUUGAAUUCCAGUGUCCUCUGUAAGAAAGUUUGAACAUUCUUCCUGUGUGCAUGUGGGCCUCCUCCAGGUGCUCCAGUUUCCUCCCACGGGCCGAGGGCUGCCCAGGUGGUUGGUUGGUCAUUAUCAAUUGUCCUGUGAUUAGACUAGGGUUAAAUAGAUGGGUUGCUGGGUAGUGUGGAUCUUUGGAUGUCUAAAUAAAAGUAACUAAAAUUAGAUUACUGAGAGAAUACAAGAGAUUGCAGUGAGAAAAUCAAAACUGGAAUGGACACAUCAGGGAACACAAAGCAGCACAAUAUUCUACUUGCACAGAAACUAUUAAUAAAAGUUAAUUGAGAGGACAAGACCCAGAAAUGGUGAAAAUGUUAUAGAAAAACCUCUGCAUUUGGCAAUUCAGGCAGUUUUUGUGGAAACAGAAACACUUAAUGUUUCAGAUCCGAGACCUUUAAUUUGGUAUUUUAGGAAGAUUAAUCAGUUGGCCAUGAGAGCAGAAAAUCAGAUUAAAAUUAUAUAAUAGAAGUUGGAGGUGAAAAACUACAAAUAUACUUUUAGUUAAAAUCCCUAUAGGUUAUCAGUUGCAUUGAUGCUUUUCAACAGAAUUUGGGGAGGAGGAGACGACGAGUAAGAGUGCUGUUACAUAUUUUAAAAAUUCAUUAAAAUAUCUGUUGCCAAAGGACUGGUGGUUGUCCAUGGUAUCUGACGAUGACAGGAAACUUGUGCAGGAGAGUUUGUAAAGUGGAAAAUUGCACUGAGACAGUUCCACUGUCUUGACCUUCAAAGUCUGGGUUCAGUGGUACGAGUAGUUGUCACAAACUGCGGCCUUCCUUGGUUGCAGUGGAUGACCAUGACAUCUUCUGUGCCUUGUCAUGCCCUUUGCUCUCCACGGAUCAUUGCAGAACCUUCUUCCUAGCCAUAGGAUCUCACUCACAAGAAAAUCUGCAGAUGCUGGAAAUUCAAGCAACACACACAAAAUGCUGGUGGAACGCAGCAGGCCGAAGGGUCUCGGCCGGAAACGUCAACUGUACUUCUUCCUAUAGAUGCUGCCUGGCCUGCUGCAUUCCACCAGCAAAGGAUCUCACUGUUGAUCUCGUCCACUGGAUCAGACUUCACACGCUAGGACAGACGUAUUCCUUUCUCACAGGGGUGUGAGUCUAGGUUACCCUCCACCUGGUUUCACCCACCUGUUGAAGCGGUGUACUGGGGUGUGGCUGCUGUUGAAUAUGAACAGCUACAUGGAGCAACAAGACUAGCUGAUAACUAACAAUAUGGUUAGUAUUGAGAAGAAAGAUGUAUAUGACUUUGGUAGGAAAUGUAAUGUAAUUUUUAACCAAAAAAAAGACAAACUUAGAAACUAAAAACAUGAUGAAAUCUGAGGAUUUGAGGGAGAGUUUUGUUUGACCAAAGUCAUUGAAUCAUUGAAGAGGCAUAUCUGGAUUUCCAGAAGGUCUUCAGAAUGAUGUCACAUAAUGGAUUGCUUAAUUUGUCCAGAGCAGGCACAAAUAGCCUGCUAGCAGAGAAGGGGUGAAUAGAUUUCUGUUUAGGAUGGGAAGUAGGAUCUCACAAAGGUGAGUACUGCACUAAUGUUAAAUAUUUAGACUUUAGAAUUAACAAAAUUGCUAAAUUUAUGGUGAUUCCUAAUUAGGAAGGUUAUUAACAUGGAAUCCUUCAACAUGUCACAAGACUUUAAUAAAUGAGCAGAGUUUAUACCUUCAAAUAAAAUGCUGUGUUCGGUAAGAAGAACAACAAUUGGAGGAUUAAGAGAGGUUUGUGGAGCAAGGGGAUUUGGGAAUACAAAUACACGUUACUGGAGGUUGUAAUGUAGGUCAAUUAAGCCAUUGUAAAAAUAGAGUUGCUGUGAUAACAAUGCUGACCUUAGUUAGGCCACAUUGGGAAUAUUACGUUCAUUUAAGAUGGACAUGCAGCAGUAAUAUAGAAACGGUAGGGCAAAAAUGUUUUAGAAGGAAGAACAAAUGGUUAUGCCUGGAGUCUCCUAAGAAAAGAUAAAAGGUCUGAUAGAUCAGAGAAAGUGUUUUCACUCACAGGGAACUGCAAAGCUAGAGGCAAUCAACAUCAGAUACUGUCGUGGAAUCACAGGAAAUUCAGAAGAAACUUGAUUACCAGAAUCAGGUUUAUUAUCACUGACAUACUUAGUGGCUACUAGAUACAGGAGUGGAACCCAAUGUCAUCUGCCAUAGCCCACCCACUUCAAGGUUCGACAUGUGUAUUCAAAGAUGCUCCUGCACGUUGCUGUUGUAACUUGGUUAUUUGAGUUGCUGUCAACUUCCUUGAAUCUAUCUGGCCAUUUUCUGACCUCAGUCAUUACAAGGAGUUUUCACCCACAGAACCACCAUUCACUGGAAUUUUUUCCUUUGUUGCAACAUUCUCUGUAAACUCUACAGAACGUUGUGCAUGAAAUCAGUAGUUUGUGAGACCCUCUAACCACCCUGCCUGGCACCAACAAUUAUUCCUCUGAUGUUUGGUCUGAACAACACAAAACCUCUGACCUUGCCUGCAUGUUUUUAUGCAUUGAGCUGCUGCCACAUGAUUGGCUGAUUAGAUAUCUGCAUAUGGUGUACCUAAUUAGCCAUUCAUUGUAGGUUUUUCAGCAGCAGUACAGUGCAAUACAUGGAAUUUACCAAAAGUUACAUAAAUGCAAACCUUGCAUUUAUGUAAAGAUAUGUAAAUGCAGAAGUGGAUUUGCAAGGGUAGUGUUUAUAGGUUCCUUGUAAGAAUAAGCUAAAGUGAAUAGUAUUGAUGCAUUUAAGGGGACUCGGGAUCUAUGUACAAGGGAGUGAGUAAAUGAAUUCAUGGAUAUAUAACAAGUUAAUACCUGGGAGAUUAUUUUUAUCCUGGUUGUUAUUUUUUUCCCCAAUCUCAAUAAUAUGUAAGAACAUUCAUUGUUUUGGAUCCAAUAAUGAUUGUUUUCCCCUGCCUUGAAGACUUCCUGAUCACCAUCAGUGUCAAGCUUAGAAAGCCACUUGUGGGGAUGGGGAAGGUGUAACAAUUGGCAUUAUUGCUACGCCUCACUUUAAGGGGUCUUCAGAGGCCUACCAAGAUUGCUUAAACACCAUUUUGAUUACGAAACAGAGAUUUUCAGAGCUGAAUGUGAGUAGGAUGUGAAGUCCAUGGAUGGAAAUGGUUCUGAAUAAAAUUAUUUUGUAUUCCAGGUGUCUGACAUUAGAUAAUAUCCACCCAUCCUCUCCAGCCCUCAAAGUAACACAUAGAAAAGCAAUGAAAAUCAGACAAAUCAUUUCUUUCCUGUUUGAUAUACAGUAGAUUCCAGUUAAUUGGAACACAUUGGGACCAGUAGAUUUUGGCCCAUUAAGUGGCUGCCCCAGUUAUCCAAAGUUCCAUGGAAAUGGUUAAAAAGGUAUUUAAAAAAUCUAACAUUCAACUGAGUAACAUUAUGUAUUUAAAUGAACUACAGAACAAAAUUAGAACACUACCAAUAUUACAGUACUAUAAAACUAUAUUAGUUUCUAAUAGCUAUCAACGGAGGAACUCGUCUGCUGUGAUCUUUUGUUUGACUAUAAUUUCUAACUUGUUGAUGUAGUGAAAUGGUUUAAAUUUCACUCCCGGCUCUUUCUGGCAUCUCCAGGCCUGAAUGCUUGAAAUUGCAGUGAGCAAAACAGUUCCAAAUUAUCGUACUGCUUAUCUCUCACCAACUUUCAGUGACAAAAAUCACUGCCUUUUGAUCACAAGCACAUGCAACUGAUGCGAUUUAAAAACAGUUUGCUCUAAGCGCCUUGCAAGUGCGUGCGACUAAUGUUAGUUAGAAACUGUUUGGCGACAGUCUUCUGUCCUAAAUAAGUAGCUUUGCAUCCCAAAUAAAUUAAGGGAAUUCUGACUAUUUUCUUGAUUAGUUCUUGUUCUUUAAGAGUGGUCCCAAAUAAGUGGCUGCCCCAAAUUACCAAUGGCCUAAUUAACUGGAAUCCACUGCACUUAGUUCUUCAGGGGCAAGGGGGUUAAUAUAUGCAGCACAGUGGGUGUGAGGGCAGUAGUUGGUAUGAAAUGGUGAGGUGAAAACUUUCCCUGUGUUGGUAUUGCAAUCCCUUAAAGUCAGGAUAAUAAUCUGAAUAUGGUUAGAGGAAGAACAAGGUGUUAGCCAUUAAAGCCACAAAAUGGUUGUUUAUUUCAUCAAAAUAUUUAAUGUGGAUACUGAAGGUUCCUCUGUAAUUGUUCGUUUGUCAAUGUCUGUCAAAAUUAAUAUUUAAUAGGUGUGUAAGUUGCUAAUUCAUUUCGUCUAUUAAUGGUUCAUCAGGUUGAUUUUAACGUGUACUUAAGUUCUGGUUAUCAUUUAAAAGAUUACCAUUUUGGAUUGCUUCCAGUCAACGAAAGACUCUGUAAUUUUAAAACUGUUAAAGGUGUGUUCUAUUUUUAUCAGCAGUUUUUUAAUAGUUAAUAGCAGUUUUUAAUGCAUCUUUCUAGUACUGUAUGCAGUGUCACAAUAAGAACUGACUACAGUUAUUUCAGUAUCCUGACCCUAUGAUCCUGAAACUAGAUUUUUUGGGUUCCUAGCACAAUAGCAUAUACCUCAUCUGGGACAGUAUUUGUGACCUAUAUAUUUAUAUGUGUACUUUUAAUUAGGUAGCUUUAGAAAUGACGCAACAUUUUUCUCAGCUGCAAAAUCAUUAGGUUUUUGCUAAGAAUGGAUAUUUGAGACUGUGGCUGUAGAAAAUGAAUGAGCCAGCUUUGCUAACGAUGUUGAUGCAAUGUUAACUGAGGCCAGGAAAAGGUGAAUGAUGUUCACAUCAGUGCUGUUGCAAGAAAAUAAAUCUGUGGUAUAUCCUUACUGAAGAUCGCAGGAUAGUCUUUAUAAACAUCAAACCUGCUUCAUCGUAGAAAGAUUUGAUGGAUGUUCAGAAAUGAUUUGUUUUCUUUCAAUGCGAUUACAUGGCAUUUCUCAGUGAAGGAACCAGGAAAGGGGGAGAUAAAUGGAGUCAUCUCCUACCCCUCCCCAUCACUGCAUGUUGACUGGUUAUAGCGUGCAGUUAAAUAUCUCAUAAUUGGCUUACUUGACACAUUGAUCUAAACUAAUUUUGGGAUAUACUGCACUUGGCCUAGUUCUUUUUGAAGUUAGUGAGAAAUCUCUAAGCUGUGAUUUUAGGACUUGCCCCAUGUCCUGCAGUGCUCUCAGAUGAGACCAUUUUAAUAUUUUUAAAAUGCUACCUUCCGGAUUUGGAUUUGCAGAUGUAUGAAUUUAAGGAGAUGCCAUUAUUUAGAGGCGUAUGACUUUCUCAAUACAAGGUACUUGAAAUCAUUGACUGUUUUUGCUGUCAUUCUUGAAUAGAUGGGUAGUACAUUUACUUUAAAAGAAAUAUCUAGUUGUCCUUUUGCAGAAUUGUAUUGAUUUUGUCUUCAACUGUUGUAAUGAGCUUAAACAGCUGUCUCCUCAACCACAUUACAAAUUUUAUACUUUAGCUAGAAGCCUGUUGGAGUUCAAUGUUCAUGGGUAACUGAACUCUGAUCCGCUCCAACAUCUGGCUGAAAAACAAUAAAAGGAAAGUCCGCAAAGGACAAAAGUUAAUUGUAACCUUUAUUUUUCAAAUCAUAAAACAAAAAAUGCUAUAUCAGAUAUACUGACAAAAUUGUGUUGAGGCACAUUCAGUACUUAAAGGUUGAAAAUGUAGUUUCCUUAUGGUACCAUGUAUACACAAAUGUUAAAAGAUUUUAUUUUUUUAUUUUUUUGCAUAUGUUAUGUGAAUAAAUCAAUUAUAGCUUUUUCUAUUUGUUUUAUCCUAGCAGUUAACUCUAAUAGAUGCACUGACAACAAUAAAAGUCCUUUUUUCUGUAAUAUCUGGUUUACACAUUCCUGGUGUAAUAUAACUGCAAAUGCAGGAUUUUUUUUACAAUAGCAGUAUUCAAAUUUAUUCACUGGAAAACAAGUUCACUUAAAC